CGGAACUGACAAUGUUACAAGCAAUGGUCGGCGUCUCCUUUGCAGUACUUGCUUUGAUAUCAACAAAUUUAGCGGACAUCGGUGCACUCGCUCAAUCCUUCAAUGCUUGUGAUCCGAACCCGUGCUACAAUGGUGGAGAAUGUGAGGUCAUAGGCUCCUCGUUUGAAUGUAAAUGUCCUCCCUACACUCUUGGAAGUAGAUGUCAAUACAUCGGAUGCGUCAUUACCGGAUGUGCAAAUGGCGGUACAUGUAGUCAAGUCUCUACUCCAGCUGGGAUAUGCCUCUGUCCUCCAGGGUGGGGUGGAUACAGCUGUGAAGAUCUUCUUUAGGAUUCCAACUGAAUUGCCUGCCACCGUUUGAUGACAACACUAGCAACUCAGAAGAAUGCAUAUGUUUUAAUAAAGUAGAAUCGGCAUUAAAAUAUUGAUUUAU